GACAUGCUCGACGCGGCGUUACGCGUUACUUGGCAGUGCCGAUUGCCUGCAGUCUGUUUGCCUUGCCUCGGCUCUAUAUUGAAAAGCGCUCCGUUGGGUGCUUAUUCCACUCCUUUCCUUCACGUUUUCACGACUCCGCACCUUCUGGGGCUCCUUGCUUUUGUCGCACCUUUGUCUUUAGAAUCGGUUUGGCCUCUCAUUUCCGCGUCCAAUAAGUAGAUUUCUCUCUCCAUGCGUCUCAAAUAUCUCCACAAAAUGAUGGCCAUCCCUCGUGCAACCUCAAACUGCGAGCCUGCUGACCCAAACAGCACCCUUACAGACCGCCUAAACACACUUCUCAACUCCUCUGGUUCAGGAUAUGUGUUAAACCUCUGUCCAAGCACCCAAUACCUCAUACAAGCCCCCAUUCUUUUUGCGGCGCCCAAUCAAGAGAUCAGCACUCUCGGUUAUCCUACUGAUAACAGCAGAGCUGUCUUAGUAGUUGCCGGCCCUGUCUCAAAUGGUACUGGCCAUACAACGGCCGUCGAUGGCACUUGCGCUAAUUGUGACGGAGUGAGGUUACGAAACGUGCAGAUAAAUGGAACGCGCCUUGGCGCCCCUCCCACUCUCGGAGGCGCAAAUAUUGAAAUGGGUGGUCCAAACUCGGACCAGCUUAUCGAAUACGUGCAUUCUUUUGACCCCAGGGGCUGGUCAUGUCUCCAUGUCGCCGAGGGUACUUUGAAUUGCAACAAUGUUACUGUCCAGAACAACGAUAUUGGACCCGCGGGAUCCGAUCUUUUCCAGCAGUGGGCGGAUGGAAUCAGUGUGGCGUGCCAAAACAGCCUGGUUCGUAACAACAUGAUCAACAAUCCGACGGAUGGAGGCAUCGUACUCUUUGGCUCUCCUGGGACUCGUGUUGAAAACAACACCAUCUGGGUCGAGACUAAUACAUUGCUCGGAGGGAUAAACAUGGUUGACGUCGCACCCUUUAGCGGUGAUUAUAAGGGGGUUGUGGUCACCAACAAUAGCAUCGCUGGUGGGUUCGCCACUAGCACUGAAACAGGGUCGGCCACCAAGGGUACAAAUAACGAAGAUGUCAUCAUCAAAAUCGGAAUUGCCAUUGGUCCCCGAACCUGGUUCGGGAAUCAGUAUCUCAAUAACGUUAGCACUGGCGGGACAGUGCUUGACAAUGAGCUCACUGGCGCAUUCAGCUACGGCAUUGCCAUAUCGUCUGCAACCAAUUUUACGAUAGAGAAUAAUGUCCUCGUUGGAAACACUUCUUUUAUUGGAGCACGGGGUCCCAACUGCUCUACUGGUGACCCAACACCUUCUCCUGCACCGUUUGUUCUUGAUAUCAACAACACUUUGAAGAGCACGACCCAGUCGGACUUCCAGGAUAACACCAAUGGAGACGCUUUAACUUGUGUUCUCCCCCCUGAUGGCGGAGACUACUGGCCAUUCGGUGGCAACCCAUCUUCCUCGCCUCUUAGUCCUCCCGAACCCUCGCCGUCGACGAGUAGUCACUCUUCAACUGGUACAACAGUCGGUAUCGUGCUGGGCGUCAUUGCUGGCAUCCUAUUUGUGGCCUUCCUUGCAUGGUAUAUUCGUAAAUGGGCCAUCAAGCGCACAGCGGAUCGCUCUCACUUCAAAGCUACGAGAAACGUCCAGAAUGGAUAUAUUCGGAGCAAGGAGCAAUUCUGAGUCUUCCGAUCGUACUUUCCUACUUCUAUCCACUCUUUUACCACCUGUUCUCAUUGUAAUGCGGUGCUUUCCGCUCCUCUCUUCUGACGAUAGAUUAUCGGGUGUCUCUGCUCCCUACCUGCAUCAAUCGGGACGUUACCUGUCUUUUAUAUUGUAUUAUUUAUAGCGUAUAUCAAGCUCAUAUCGCCGCUGCCUUCGAGUUCCGUUAGUACAUACCCCUACCUUCUCAUGCUACCCAUAGAGUUUCGUCCAAUUUAUGCUUUGAUGUUGUGC